AUGUUGUUUUUCGCAACUGUUUGCCGUGGAACCUGGAUUUCACAGUUGCCUAUGUUCUGCCAUUCUGGGACCAAAGUCGAGUUGCUCGAGCUGAAGAGAGGCUCGGGCUUCUCCAAUCCAAUGAAGCGAUGGGCGGCCUUCCUCCUCGCUGCGCAGCUCGGUGCCGCUGUGGUCUUGGAGGCGCCGUCUCGACGUGCAGCCAAGAAGACCUUGCCAAAGGGGCUGCUGAGGGAUGAUCUGCAGGGCCCACUCUUUGUCCACAUUCCCAAGACCGCGGGCACGUCCAUCUGGAAGGCGCUUGGGCCCAACUAUACCGACUCCGGGAGAUACCCCGAGGUCUCGUUCUUCUGCAUGAAGCACAACCCACCGAAGGAGCAUGUCCCUGAUAGCUGGGCGGUGGUCCGGGACGUGUGCGAUCGACUGGUCUCGGAGUUCGCAUGGGCGCGGCUACAGGGAUGGUACCAACGGUACCGCAAGGAAGGCUUGGACAAUCAUGCUGAGCCCAACUGCACCACCUUCAACAAGUGGGUGACUUUGGUGAUGCAAAAGUACCAAGAGGAUUCAGAUGUGGAGGACUGCCACUUGAUCCCACAGUGGUGCUAUGCCUCCAAGGUGGACAAGAUCCUCCCUUUAACCGAGCACCUGGAAAGGGACAUCCGCCAGAUGGACCCACGCUUGAAGUAUGUGGACCUGCACCACAAGAAUCAACACUCUCAUGUGGUCAAGAAAAUGAAUGUCUCCUGUGGCUGCUUGACGCCUGCGAACCUGAAGGCUGUCCAGAGUCACUUCUUGGAAGACUUUGUUCAUCUCAGGAGCAUCUUGGGUCCAUCCAAGUACGAGCCGAAAGCUCUGAGCAAUGCAAGCAUCAAAGAAUCGAUUUGCUCCAAGUUCCACCGGAAGGGCAAAAAGAUGCCCAUGUCCGUGGUUCGCAGCAGUGCUCGCACCGGUGGGCAGGCCAUGCAGGAUGCGGCCUCCGUGGGGAAGCAGGCGAUGCUGUCGGUGGCGGGAUUUGAGAAGUCCAAGCUGGUGGGGUUGUGUGGCGGGCUCAGGGAAUGGAGGGUGGGGCUGCAAGCAGUUUGCCAGAUUGCCAACGAGCUCUUCCCCAAAGGUUUCUCCUGCGCGGGGACCGACAAGGCCAUCCAGAAGCUGAAGGAGUUGGCCGAUGAGGGUGGUGCACUCCAAGCAAAGGUGCUGAAGACCUCGGGCGGAUUCCACACCUCGUUGAUGGCUCCCGCCAAGGCCAAGUUGGGCCAGGCGGGUCCGGUCCGGGGCCGAGGAGUCAGCUCCUUCCGGCGGCUGCUCGCCUCCAUGGAAGCGGAGCGGGAUCAGAUCCGGAACGCCUGGCAGCGGCUGGCGGAGGAGCGAGAUCUGACCACCGAGCAGUUGGAGAAGUUGAGACAGGAGACUGAAGAGUGGUGCUACCGGGAAAAGCUUAAGAUCGACACGGAGUGGCAGCGCUUGAACAAGCUCAGCGAAGAGAUGCAGAAGAUGUGGCCCAGGAAUUGCGAGGUGCUACAGAUCAACUGCUCCGGAGAGCUCUUCGUCAUCCCGCGGGAGACCCUUUGCGGCAUCGAGGGUUCGGUACUCUCGGAGAUGUUCAGCCCUGACUUCAUGUCUGAGAUUCCUCGAGAUGAGUUCGGUCGUUUCUUCUUGGACUUCAACCCCCAAUGCUUCAGCCUGGUGGUCGAGUAUCUGCGGAACCGGCGCUUGAACGAAGCUGCACCUCUGCCGGUGGUCCCGCAGAGCCAGAAGCGGAACAUGGAACUGUUGGCAGAAGCUUGGAAGUUGUGGCCAUUCUUGAAGCCGAAUCGCUUGAACCCGCUGCACGGCACCUCGCUGCACGUGACCGUGCAAGUGGAGUCCGACUUGAAGGAGACGCAGAUCGUGCGCGCGACCCACCCCGGGUGGCAAGUGCUCGGUGCCGAGCAGCCCUUGCCGGUGUCCAUCGUGUCGUACUUCGAAGUCCAGAUUCUCCACAAUCCGGAUACUCGUGGGGGCUUGGCCAUUGGCGUUUGUGACCAUUUGCCCUCAGGGCCGGAGACCCACUCCAUCCAUUUGCAGUCCUGCGUGCUUUAUAACAGCAACAAUGGACUCUUAGGCGAUUGCAUCGCGGAGCACGACGUGAAGGGCGGCUUGAUGUUGGCGGAGGGGGAGCGCUUAGGGAUCUCCCACGACGUGGUGUCGCAAACCUUGCAGUGGUACCACAACGGCCAAAGCAUCGGCAAAUCCACCUUCCGGGAACGAUGGGACUCGGUCUAUCCGGUCUUCGGGCUUUACGUGCCGAACCAGUCCAUGGUGGUCGACUUCCAAGCGACCCUCCCGACACAAUGA